AUGGGACAUCAAUUGUUGCCUUCAUCUAGCACUGAAGUUUUGGAGCAACAGGCCUUUGAAAAAUGGGAUGAUGAUGGUAGGUUUUUGGAGGAUGAUUCUCCUGAUUUAUAUAGCAAACGAGCCAACGAUGGUAAGACUCCUUCAGCCUCAAAUUAUAAUAGUGAAACUCUUACUGAUACUGAUGAUCAUCUUAGUAGAACCUUGUCAGAUCAUUCUCCUUUGCUUAUCAACAUUAACAGUAGACAAAUUACUGUUCCUUCCCAAUUCAGGUUUCAAAAUAUGUGGUUACUUAAUAACACCUUUUUUGAGGUUGUCAAGUAUAAUUGGCAAGCUCCCCUUCAGCCUAACAACUCUAUUGUUGGUAUGAAAAGGCUUUGGUUCAAGCUUAAGAGGUUGAAACAAGUUCUCAAUUGGUGGAAUCACAAUGUUUUUAGAAAUAUUUUCUCUAACGUACUUCAAGCUGAACAAUGUGUGCCUUUUAAUGAAAACUUAUGUCAAAAUGAUCCUUCUGAUGUUAACUUUUCAAUGCUUAAUCAAUCUAAACUUGAUCUUUUUAACUUUCAAGUUCAAGAAGAGGUUUUUUGGAAACAGAAAGCUGGUGCUAAGCACUUGGAUGAGGGUGAUAGUAAUACUAAGUACUUUCAAUCUUUAACUAAGAGAAAAAGGAUGAAGAAUAGUAUCACCAACAUCCAAAGAGAGGAUGGCUCUUUUUCUAAUGAUAAUGCUGAGAUUGCUAAUUUAGUUGUUCGUCAUUUUAAAAAGCACUUUAAUAAAGCUUUUACUCCUAUUCAGGCCAUGUAUCACUCUUUUAUUCCCAACCUUCUAUCUAAUGAGGAUAAUGUUUUCCUCUCUUCUCCUCCUUCUUUGGAGGAAGUUAAAGAUACUAUUUUUGGAAUGAAUAGUGAUUCUGUGGCGGGUCCUGAUGGUUACACAACUCUUUUCUUUUAA